GCCGCGCCCGCUCGUGUGGAGCCAGUUCGUCAUGGAGGACAGGUUCCUCGAGAAGUUCUUCCUGUACUUCACGGCGAGCGACCGGAGGAACCUGGCGCAGGUGUGCACGAAGUGGCGCGACGUGCUGUACGCGUCGCCGCGCUGGUGGAGCGGGCUGGUGGCGGUGCUGGAGUGCCGCGAGCUGCGCGCGGCGCCGGGCUGCUGCACGCAGCGCUUCUACAACUCGCUGGUGCGGCGCGGCAUCCGCGGUGUCGUGCUGGUCUCGGCCACCGACGACGACAUUAACGAAUUUAUAAGACAAUUCCCGUUAUCGGCUCACCAUGUCCACGCCAUCGGCUUAAAAGGCUGCACGAUAACUGAUAGAGGGCUGGAAGCUAUUUUGGAUCACUUACAGGUUCUGUUUGAGCUAGAACUAACCGGAUGCAAUGAAAUAACCGAGGCUGGUUUGUGGGCAUGCCUAACUCCACGAAUUGUCUCUCUCACGCUUACUGACUGCAUUAACAUUGCUGAUGAGGCUGUUGGCGCAGUGGCUCAGCUGUUACCCUCGUUAUACGAAUUCUCGCUACAAGCGUACCACGUGACUGACGCGGCGCUUGGUUACUUCUCGCCCAAGCAAAGCGCUUCGCUAAGCGUCCUCCGUCUGCAUAGUUGCUGGGAACUGACAAACCAUGGUGUCGUCAACAUAGUGCAUUCUCUGCCGAACCUAACGGUGCUCUCGCUGAGCGGGUGCAGCAAAGUAACGGACGAGGGCGUGGAGUUGCUCGCCGAGAACCUGCCUCGUCUGCGCAGCCUCGACCUCAGCUGGUGUCCGCGCGUCACCGACAAUGCGCUCGAGUACAUCGCUUGCGAUCUCAACCAUCUAGAGGAGCUGACACUUGACAGAUGCGUGCACAUCACGGACAUCGGCGUGGGCUACAUCAGCACGAUGCAGUCGCUGGCGGCGCUGUUCCUGCGCUGGUGCUCGCAGCUGCGCGACUUCGGCGUGCAGCACCUGUGCGGCAUGCGCUCGCUGCAGCUGCUGUCGCUUGCCGGCUGCCCACUCCUGACGUCCGGAGGCCUGUCGAGCCUCAUCCAGCUGCGGCAGCUGCGCGAGCUGGAGCUGACGAACUGCCCGGGCGCGUCGCCCGAGCUCUUCGACUACCUGCACGAGCACCUGCCGCGCUGCCUCAUCGUCGAGUAGCCCCGCCGGCUGUAGCCAUACAGCCUUUGGAACAACACGUAUGUGAUUAAUUUUAUGUAAUAACAGAUGUUUCUUUUUAAUCUAAUUUCUUAGAUCCUUUUCCCAAAAAGUUCUUAUUACCUUUUGGAUGUUUCUUGUAUGUAAUAGUUGAUGUGUAACUUUCGUUUGCACUCGCUAUUGGUCUCUGAACAAAAGAAAGCGAUGACGUCUGAAACGCGACGAUUUUGUUGCACAUUAUUCCGAAAUUGCGUUUCACUGGCCGCUUUAAUGAUUUGAUUGGCGCCAGGAAAGAACAGAAAUAGAGUUCUGAAUAGUUGUAAUAUCAUCAAUUACUUCCAACAUCCAAAGUCGAUUGCAUUUAAUGAACGUGGUUACAGACAGUUUGUUGACAUAGAGAGAAAGGGACGCUGCUCUAGGAGCUUAAAAUCUAUUGGAUAGAGUGCUGUCCCUCUCACUCAUGUGACGAUGUAUGUACAGGUGGUACGUUAGCUAGCUGCGCUAAUUGUAUUAGGAUAUACUAUAUUGUAUUUUGGAUUGAAUUUCUUUCCAUUUUUCUUAAAUUUUGAACAAUCGUAGAUUCGUUAUUGGUAAGGUAAGACCGAGUGCAGAGGCGUGGAGUAAAACCCGUAUUUCAAGUAUAAUACAUUCAGAUACUUCGUGGAAGACUGUUGAGGGGUCCUAUACUAUCUAAUGAGUAAUAAUGUAUAAAGCUAUAUAAGUUACCUCGUCAUAAUUUGAAUAAUAAAUGUCAGUUAUUGGUAAAUUUAAUUUUGGUAUCUCGCUCGAUAUUAUGCAAAUAGAUGCAUACA